AUGACUUCUCUUGGGGGUUGCUGCUACCACUGCAGCUACUUGAUUUCCACUUACUGUGAAAAUCCCAAAGUGACAAUUACAGAGGAGAGAGACGCUGACAUCGUUGAAUUUCCAGCACUUACCAUAUGUAACCUCAACGUCAUUAAGAAGGAAUAUGCAAACUCCUACUUCGAACUGGCUUCCACUAAAAGAAGAAGGAAAGGGAAUUCCUCUAAUCCUGUUCCACUGAAUGUCAACUCCACUGUGUGCUUCUAUUCUGAGGAAGAGCUAUUAAGAGAUAGUGCCAUAGACCUUAGUGAUGCCUGGCUCAAUCUGGGAGUGACUAAGGACAAUCUAUCUAAAUAUGGUCACAAGGCACAAGAUCUGAUCGUCCAGUGUACGUACAACAGCAAAGAGUGUGGAAAUGGAUCUACUUUUGGAAUAAGCGUAACGAAUGUAACAUCACCAACCUUUGGAUUAUGUCAUACAGUUAAUGUGCGGAAUAAGACGAAGGACCGACCAGCAAGUGUUCGAAAGGGAGGAACCAUAUAUGGUAUUCGUUUGACGCUGAACAUAGAAAGGGACGAAUACUGGGACUUAAUAUCUGCUGAGUACGGUGUUCGACUGAUGGUGCACCCCCAAGGUACCUACCCUACUCUGCAGAGGGGAGGCAUCAUUGUAGAUCCAGGACGGAGUGUUCACAUCGGUGUUAGAAGGAGAGUGAGUAAAUUACUGCCUGGUAGAGAAGGAUCUUGCACUGAUACAUUCGCAGAUUCACGUGUCAUUCGCUUGCUGAGAAAACAAGAUUUGGAUUUCGAACUUUCACAUCUGAAAUAUACCUAUGAACAUUGCAACACAUUGUGCCAAAAUUCUUUACUGUUUGAACAUUGCGGUUGCCUGGAUGAGCAACCCAAAGUUGGUCCAACGAUUGUGAAAUGGAGAUUUUGUAAUCCUUGCAAUAAGACAGAAGGUAAAACGAUCAAUUCUUACUUAUUUUUAAUUUCUUUGCCAUUAUUAUUAGUUUUUAGAGUUGUUUUUCUCUCAUGUUAA